UAUAUUUUUUAUACUACUAUCUCUCCUUUUUGUUUUGAGUGAUGAAUUAUUAUGAGUCAUGUGAUGCCUCCUAAGAACAUCUAAUUGUAUGUUAUAGUAUCGCCUGUUAUUAAAAGUAAAGAUAGGAGUAACCUUUUCGGCAAUAGAAACAUAUGAAUAUAACAAGAUAUACCUAGACAUGUGUAACCAUGCAUGCCCUGUGCGUGUGCACAUGCCAUCAUCAUGAACCAAUCUUAUGCUGUGUUCUAAUGUACAAGUAUACACGCUUAUUUAUUUAUGUAUUUAUUUAUUUAUUUAUUUAUUUAAUACUUGAUUGAGUUAUUGAUUUAAACUCUUGAAUCUUCAAUAAUACUGGGAAAUUAUGAUGUUUGUAUUUUGUUAGUAUUUCAUUUAAUUUAAUUGCCGAUCACUUAUUGCUCAUAUAUUUUGUCUCGUAUGUUCUCUUUUUUAAUGGUUUCUAAAUCUGAAAAGUUAUAAUUAUAAGACAAGUAAUAUAAUAUAUUUUUUUUAUUAGAGGUAAAAGAUAAGCGUUACCUUUUUCGCAACUUAUGCCACGUGAAAAUGCCAUUCGUGAUAACCCAUCUUUUUUUAUGAUCCAUCAUACAAGUCUACAUUCUUAUAUUUAUGUGUUUAUUUGUAGUUGUUGUAGGUCUUUUUUUAUAUUUUUAUUUCUAUUUAUGUUAAAUAUAUUUAAUCUUUAUUCUUAAUUUAUUUAGUCAUCAAUAAUACUGGGUAAUUAUUACAAGAAAUGCAUUCCUUUUGUUGUUAUCUCAUUUAAAUUAAUUUUAAUUUACUUAUUGCUCAUAUAUUUUGUAUAUCGCGCUCACUUUUUCUCUUAUUGAAAAUGUUAUGCUUGAUAUCACCAGGUCGUAUGAGUCUACUAAUUAACAUUAUUAACUCAUGUUAAUCAAUAACCAAUACUUAAGUUAUGAAAUUAUCACAUCAUGCUACUACGUGUGUACAUUUAGAACAACUCUCUGAAGUGCAGCAAACACUUUUUGGGCACUUAGAGUUUCCAAUUUUGUCUCGACCUCAUGGCAACAACCUCAUUCACCCUCUUCAUCUACAAGCGCCACAAGUGGUUAUAAAUACAUCACCAAGACCAGAUAGUCCAACAUCUUUUGCUUGACACCUAAACUAGAAUUUGUUGCAACUAAAACCAUAUAUUGUUUUGAAAUGGCAAGCACCUACAACUACCUGAAGGAUGUGGAUGCAUCUAAUGACAAUUUGAUCUAUAGGAUCAAGCUGAGGGCAUUGAAAAUAUGGUCACUGUCCCCCGUCCAGCAGAAAUACGUAAGACCAACUUUGGAGUUUGUGGCAAUGGACCAGCUGGGAGAUCGCAUCCAAUGUUCCAUUAGGAAUCCACAGCGGAGGCUGUUUGAGGAUGAGUUGGUGGAGGGAAAAAUAUAUACCAUCUGCAACUUUUCAGUUGCCGUUAAUGAUAAAAAAUACAAGGCCACUAAUCAUGCUAGCAGGAUUUACUUUAAGAGGGAUACUCAACUUCGACUAGUUGAUGAUCCAUCCUUUCCUGAGAAUGUCUUCCGAUUUGUUCCUAACGAAGUCAUACUCAACCACACCAACACUCAGUCACAUCUUAUAGAUGUCAUUGGUCUUCUGACGGCCAAGGGUGACAUAAUUGAAUUUACUAAAAAUGGAAAGAAGAGCAACUACAUCGUUCUGGAACUUGACGACAUGCAGGGAAAAGGAAAAAUUCGCUGUACACUUUGGGAGGAGUUCGCAAGUAAGUUGGUCAAACAUAUUCAAGAGCAGCCGACGUCUGAGUAUAUCCUAAUUGUACAAUUCGCUAAGUUCAAUCUAUUUAAAGGUACAAUGGGGAUAUCAAACACUACCUAUAAUUCAAAUCUUUACAUCAAUGCAGACUUUCAGGCGGUAAAGGAUUUUUGUAAAAGUGUCAUUAUGUCCAGUGUUCCACCUCCAAAUCAACUCUCCCAAAUAGCGACUGAACCUGUAUACUCCAUUGAGGAAGAUCUCAUUGACAAGUCAAUAUAUAAAUCCAUUUCUAAGCUCAAGGAAUGCAUUGAGAAUGGGAGCUUUGUUACAAUUGGAACUGUUGUUGCAAUCGAUCCUAAGAACGGUUGGUGAUACAAAAGUUGCAAACAUUGUUUCCAUUCUCUGAAGGAGGCCGAGAACUCAUACCACUGCGCCAAAUGCGACACGUAUCCCACCAUUCACACUCCACGGUAUAGCAUUAAUAUUAAGGUUGUUGAUGACACUGAUUCGGCUGCAUUUCUGCUGUAUGACAAAGAAUCUUCCAAAUUUCUUGGGAUCUCAGCUUCUGAUUUCAGACUUGCACAACUGACCAGGGGUGGCACCAAUGAGGAAUACUCGAUAGAGCUUAAUUCUUUUAGGGGGAAAAAAUUUAUCUUCAAAGUCUCCGUGAAGAUGGAGGAUCUUAACUCAUUCCAACCGUGCAAGAUAAUUGUCAUGAAGCUUUGUGGAGACAUGUCUGUCAUAUCAAAAUUUAUUCAGAAGCAUGACAUAUAUCAGCAAAAUCUAGCAUUAGAGCACUCACAACUACUCAGCAUGCAAUCUGGGUCUGCAGAGACGCCUAAGGUUACCGUCAUUCUCAACAGAUCACAUAUUUUUUUACUAAAUCCAACGAAAAUCUAUUUUUAUAAAUACCUUCAAAUUUCAGCACACAUGUUCACCCUCUGUUGAGAUUUUGGUCGGCGACACUAAUGAGGGUUACUCAACUCCAAAGAGAAACAUUGUUAGUGGCGGAUGGACUAAACAGCUUAUUGAUCUCUGUCCGGAUUCUGCCGAAGGAUCAUCCACAAAGUGUAGGAAAUUGAAGGAUGGCCAGGUUGCUGGUGUUGAUAAACCCCAUCAGGAUUAGUGCGCCAAAGCCUACAAGAGAAAUUACACAUAGAUUAAUGAUCUACCUAUAGGAUCACACUAUGUUUUGUACUGUUAAUGCUACUUUCGGUUAAGAUCUUGUGUGUUGUCCUGAACUUGGGGAAUUUUAUAGGUUCCCCUUUACCUAUGUUUUCCAAAUAACGCAUGGCUAUAUACAGUUAAACCAUGCAUGUUGUUGUGUUUCUUUAAUGCUUACUACCCUGUAUGUGUGGCAGGAGCAGUAUCCAUGAUAUGCACCUGCUUACUGUGAUGUUGCUUUUAAUGCUAUCUUAGUAUUUAAUGUGGUCA